UCUGCAGUCAGUCCGGCACGUCUGCUUGGCCACAAUAUUUCUCUUUGGCUUCUUUUGCAUAGUAUCUCAACUGCCGAGCGCAUCGUCCCUCUGAAGUCCAGACGAGGUUUGAUAGUUGGAGGCACAAGGUUUUUCACUUACACCAUUCUUACCUCAGCUCCAGCUUUUCCUUAAAACCAUCCUCAUUGAUACCCCUCUCAUAGAAAGGUCUAUCAAGCUCGGCAAUUAUUUUCGACUCUCAUCUCUGAAAUGAGACCGCAGAGAUAAAAGCCCGCCUGGGGAUACGAGAGAGCGAGAGAGAGCGCAAACGGGGAGAAAGGUGGCCGUCUGUCCAUGGGCAGAUCAUGCAGUUGACCCCGAUCAAAGUCCGAGGCAAGCGUGGCAAAACCGCUUCCUCCAAACCACAGACCAAGGAAUCAUCAUCAUCACUGGCGAAGAAGCGGGCGUCACGCCUUGCAAGUCGUCCAGUCGCCAAACGCUUCUCCCUCUUUGAACAGAACUUUCCCCUUGAGAUCGCCGAGCAUAUCUUUAUACUCAGUGAGAAUCUCAAUCUCCCCCGUUGCAGCCCGCGCAUCGGCGCUCUGCUGUCUGGGCGAUCUACUCUUGUCAACAUCAUCAUCGCCGCUUUCCAUCCGACCUGGGACUGCUGGUUUGGUGUCGAUAAGCGAGUGAUUAAGACGGCUUUGAAACAAGGCGCCGCAGACGACGCGCGAGGACUAUGGCGAUAUGAGAGCUUCCCUGAGUUAUUCCCGGGUGAUUCUGAAUUUCAGUCUUCGCUACUGAGCAGUCCAUGGAUCAACGUGGACAUCAUCUUCGAGGCCCGACAGGUCUGGGCUUGGCGCUUCGCUCGCAACAGGUGGUACUCACACUCCCACGUGGGCCUGAAAGACGAAGAAGAUGCAGAGCAGGAUAACCGUCUCGAAUCACCGCAUGAUCGAGUAGGCGGCUUCGGUCAUUUUGACUCCCGCGGCUGUUUCGAAUACGACUGGCUCUCGUACGGCCUCAACGGUUCCAAACCGGCACUCGACUUUUACGUCGAUGUACACCCAAAGACGACGAUCCCAGACGAUAUCCUCACCGGCCCCUGGACGCUCGAGCAGCAAAGACUCCUUUUCUGGCUCCGGAGAGGCGGCGCAAGAAUUCAGCCAGAGAGUCAGACUUGGGAAACUCUUCGCGUCGGCCUCCAAAAUGCCGUCACGCAUCGCAGUCCAGGCAACCUAGACGGCCGCCUGAUCGAGAUGCUCCUCCUGGUGGAAGAUUACUUCCCCUCGCACGCACUGGAAGACAACGCGUCGCUGUGGCCGCUCGAGAUCCUGGAGGAGGAGCACGAUAAAGUCGGUCGGCUGCUAGCUGCGAGGGCUCGCAGUGCCGCGGGACCUCUGUUUGAGCUCGUUGAGCUUGAGAAGCGGAUGAUUGAGUACCACCGCCGUGUGGUCGAUCUGCUUACAUCAAGACUUAGCCGCCACGAUCGAUUGGCGCCGUCAUCGAUCAUGGCUGCUGGUCUUUUGCCUCAGCCGCGGAAUCGUUGAAAAGUACAGACGGAAGGGAACAGCCUAUGUGGAUUGAAAAGCAUGCAUUGGUGUUGCAUAUGACUUAUGAGCUUACGGGACUUACAUGCCUAUUGUAAUGUAAUUCUGGGUGUAUGGGCGACAAGUGAGA